AUGGCUCGUGCGGUAGGGGAAGAUGAAGCUGAUGAGACAGGCAGAAGCUUAAGAUACUCUUUCCGUCACCUUGCUUCAAGCUUCAGGAGUACUACUUCAGAUGCGGUGUCGUUUAAAGAGAAAGACGACGAUGAAGUGGAGUUGCAGUGGGCUGCGAUUGAGAGACUGCCAACUUUCGAGCGGCUAAGAACGUCAUUGUUUGAUCACAAGUUGUUAAAUGAUGGGAAAGAAGAUCAGGGCAGAAGGAAGAUGGAGAUGAUAGACGUUACGGAGCUUGGAGCACUGGAACGCCGCGUUUUUAUUGAGAAACUGAUAACAAAGAUCGAGGAGGAUAAUCUCCAGCUAGUGGGGUUGAAAUUGCCAACCAUUGAAGUGAGAUACGAGAAUCUGUGUGUGGAAGCAGAAUGCGAAGUGGUUCAGGGAAAGCCCCUCCCUACACUUUGGAACACCAUUAAAAGCAUAUUUUCUGCUGUGGCAAAAGUUAGCAAAUGCAAGUCUCAAGCAACCAAGAUAAAAAUUCUCAAAGAUGUCAGUGGCAUCAUCAAGCCUUCAAGGAUGACUCUGUUGCUUGGUCCUCCAGGCUGUGGGAAAACCACUUUGUUACAGGCACUUGCAGGGAAGCUUAGCCCAUCUCUCAAGGUCACAGGAGAAACAUAUUAUAAUGGUUACAAGUUCACAGAGUUUGUUCCUCAGAAGACAUCAGCUUACAUAAGUCAAUAUGACCUGCAUAUUUCUGAAAUGACUGUAAGAGAGACACUUGACUUCUCAGCACGCUGUCAGGGCAUUGGAAGCAGAGCAGAUAUCUUGAAAGAAGUUAGCAAAAGGGAGAAACUAUAUGGCAUCAUCCCUGAACCAGAUAUAGACACUUACAUGAAGGCAAUUUCAGUUGAAGGAUUGAAAAGAACUCUCCAGACAGAUUAUAUAUUGAAGAUCCUUGGACUGGACAUUUGUGCUGAUACAGUUGUGGGAGAUGCAAUGAACAGAGGAAUCUCAGGCGGAGAAAAGAAAAGGCUGACAACAGGGGAAAUGAUAAUUGGUCCCACCAAAGUUCUGUUUAUGGAUGAAAUAUCCACUGGCUUAGACAGCUCCACUACCUUUCAAAUUGUUACCUGUCUACAGCAAUUGACACACAUAACAGGCGCUACAAUUAUGAUAUCACUUCUUCAACCAGCUCCUGAGACCUUUGAUCUCUUCGAUGACAUAAUUUUAAUGGCAGAAGGAAAGACUGUAUACCAUGGACCACGCAUUCAUGUUCAAGAUUUCUUUGAACAUUGUGGUUUUAGGUGUCCACCACGAAAAGGAGUUGCUGACUUCCUCCAAGAAGUGCUCUCUGAAAAGGAUCAAGCACAGUACUGGUAUCAUAAAGACAGACCUCAUAGUUAUGUUUCUAUUGACAUGUUCAACGCCGCAUUCAAGGAGUUUCAUGCAGGACAGAAGCUAAACGAAGAACUAUGCACAGCUUUCAACAAAUCUGAGAGCCACAAAAAUGCUCUGUCACUUAGUAUUUAUUCAUUAGAAAAAUUGGAAUUACUCAAGGCAUGCACAGCUAGAGAAUGGCUUCUCAUGAAGCGGAACUCAUUUGUUUAUGUCUUUAAAUCAACACAGCUUGUUCUUAUUGCACUGAUAACAAUGACAGUAUUUAUACGUAGUAGAAUGAAAAUUGAUGAGGUCCACGCAAGCUACUUCAUGGGGUCUUUGUUUUAUGCUCUUAUAAGACUGAUGUGCAAUGGAAUUGCAGAGUUGCCAUUAUCUGGUUCUAGACUUCCCAUAUUCUACAAGCAAAGAGAUUUCUACUUCUAUCCAGCAUGGGCUUAUUCAAUUCCUUCAACAAUUCUAAAGAUUCCUCUUUCAUUGCUGGAUGCUGUUCUUUGGACAUGUCUCACAUAUUACGUGAUUGGUUACAGUCCUGAACCAGGAAGGUUUUUCCGUCAACUCCUACUCCUUUUCCUUCUUCAUCAAGUGUCAACAUCACUAUUCCGCUUCAUUGCUUCAGUAAUUCGAAACCAAUCCGUUGCAGCUGACUGUGGUCAAUUUACUAUAUUGGCGCUAUUUUUUUUUGGUGGCUUUUUAAUUCCAGGACCAUCUUUACCUGAUUGGAUAAAAUGGGGUUUUUGGAUUUCCCCUAUCACGUAUGCAGAAAUAGGAGUCUCAGUAAAUGAAUUUCUGGCCCCAAGGUGGCAACAGGUUUCACGUUCAAAUGUUACUUUAGGGCAUCAAAUCCUAAGGAAACGUGGCUUAGACUACAGUGACGACUUUUAUUGGCUAUCAGUGGGAGCUCUAAUAGGAUUUUGGAUGAUUUUUAACGUCGGAUUCACCUUUGCACUCAGUUACUUCAAGCCUCCAGGAAGAUCUCGGGCUAUUAUUUCUCAUGAAAGGUUUCAUCAUUUGAAGGAGAAAGAAGAUUCAAGCAAUGUAGUUCAUCAGGAAAAAGAAUUGUUCCCUGUUGACGCUCUAAAAGCUGUUACAGAUACAAAAACUAUAGGGAUGGUUUUACCUUUUGAGCCCAUAACUAUAUCAUUUGAGAAUGUGCAAUACUUUGUUGAUAUUCCAAAGAAAGUAAGGAAGCAAGGGUUCCCACACAAAAAAUUACAGCUCCUUCAAGAUAUUACAGGAGCAUUUAGGCCUGGAAUUCUUACAGCUUUGAUGGGUGCCAGUGGAGCUGGGAAAACAACCUUGAUGGAUGUUCUUUCUGGAAGAAAAACUGGUGGUCAUAUAGAGGGCGAGAUAAAAAUUGGAGGAUAUCCAAAGAUUCAAGAGACAUAUGCCAGAAUAUCUGCUUAUUGUGAGCAAACUGAUAUACAUUCUCCCCAAAUUACAAUUGAGGAAUCUGUAAAGUACUCAGCUUGGUUACGCUUGCCAGAACAGGUUGAUAAGCAUAAAAGAUUGGAAUUUGUGGCAGAGGUUCUUCAAACGAUUGAGCUAGAUGAAAUCAAAGAUGCUUUAGUUGGCAUCCCUGGUGUUAGUGGAAUAUCACCUGAACAGCGUAAACGGCUAACUAUAGCAGUAGAGCUCGUUUCUAAUCCAUCCAUAAUAUUUAUGGAUGAACCCACCUCUGGAUUAGAUGCCAGAGCAGCUGCAAUUGUCAUGCGGGUUGUGAAGAAUAUUGUUAAUACAAAUAGGACAAUUGUAUGCACCAUUCAUCAACCAAGUAUUGACAUAUUCGAGUCAUUUGAUGAGCUCAUUUUGAUGAAAAGAGGAGGACAGAUGAUAUAUUCUGGAGAGCUGGGUCAGCAUUCAAGUAGGCUUAUAGAAUAUUUUGAGGGUAUACCAGGGGUACCAAGAAUAAAAGAAAACCACAAUCCAGCAACAUGGAUGUUAGACGUCACUAGUCCCUCUGCUGAAGCUCAACUCGGGGUGGAUUUUGCCCAUCUCUACAAAGAAUCUCAUCUAUACCGGAGAAACGAGGAACUAGUCAAAGAGCUGAGUCUUCCUGUAGAGGGCUCAGAGGAACUACAUUUUGCUACGCGCUUUCCACAAAAUGGAUGGCAGCAAUUCAAAGCAUGCCUAUGGAAGCAACAUUUGUCCUACUGGAGAAGUCCUGGAUAUAACUUAUCACGGUUGAUAUUGCUUACAUCAUCUUCUUUGUUAUAUGGAGUGCUUCUUCGGCGGAAAGGGCAGAAAAUGGAUAAUGAACAGGACUUUUUCAGCAUAAUAGGAUCGCUGUUUGGUAUCGUGGUAAUCAUUGGAAUAAGCAACUGUGCAUCUGUUCUUCCCAUCAUAACUACUCAGCGUACUAUUGUGUACCGAGAGAGGUUCGCCGGAAUGUACUCCUCCUGGGCAAAUUCAAUAGCACAGGUGAUUGUCGAACUUCCCUAUGUCUUCCUUGAAGCAGCUUUGUUCUGGACUAUUACGUAUCCGCUUGUCAACUUCUAUGGAUCAGUUUACAAAGUGUUUUGGUACUUCUACGUCAUGUUUUGUACGCUGCUCUUCUACAAAUAUUUCGGCAUGAUGCUUGUCUCUUUGACUCCAACUCAUCAAAUGGCCGCGAUAUGCGCCAGUUUCUCUCACCCGUUGAUGGGUUUGUUCUGUGGAUUCCUCAUUCCAGGGCCCAAAUUGCCCAAAUGGUGGGGAUGGUGUUACUGGAUUUCUCCAAUGUCAUGGUCCCUGAAAGGUUUCCUUACUUCACAAUAUGGAGAUAUAAAGCAGGAAAUGAUUGCAUUUGGAGAGCGCAAAUCAGUGAGCGCCUUCUUAGAGAGUCACUAUGGAUACAAACAUCAAGAUUUACCCAUCAUAGCCAUUGUACUUAUUGCUUAUCCAAUUUUCUUUGCAUCUAUUUUUGCUUAUUGUAUAGCCAAGCUAAAUUUUCAAAGGAGGUAA